GCAAACUUCAGCGGAGGUGUUGGUCCUGCUUGGCAGGUGAUGGCGCCCCCCGCGGCCUAGAGGUCCAGCGCCCGCGGCGAGCCACAGACAGCCCUUCCGUUGUGUCCCACCGACAGUCCUGGGAACAGUGAAUAUGUUGGUGCCGCUAGCCAAGCUGUCCUGCCCGGCAUAUCAGUGCUUUCAUGCCUUAAAAAUUAAGAAAAAUUAUCUACCUCUGUGUGGUACAAGAUGGUCUUCAACUUCUGUUGUACCUCGAAUUACUACCCACUAUACUAUUUAUCCCCGGGAUAAAGACAAGCGAUGGGAAGGAGUGAACAUGGAGAGGUUUGCGGAAGAAGCAGAUGUAGUUAUCGUUGGCGCAGGCCCCGCAGGACUCUCUGCAGCAGUCCGUCUAAAGCAGCUGGCUACUAAACAUGAAAAGGACAUCCGUGUGUGUCUCGUAGAGAAAGCUGCUCAAAUAGGAGCUCAUACUCUCUCAGGGGCCUGCCUGGAUCCACGUGCUUUUGAAGAAUUAUUCCCAGACUGGAAGGAGAAGGGAGCUCCACUUAACACUCCCGUAACAGAAGACAGAUUUGGAAUUUUAACGGAGAAAUACAGAAUUCCAGUGCCAAUUCUUCCAGGUCUUCCAAUGAAUAAUCAUGGCAAUUACAUUGUCCGCUUGGGACAUUUAGUAAGCUGGAUGGGAGAACAAGCAGAAGCCCUUGGUGUUGAAGUAUACCCUGGUUAUGCUGCUGCUGAGGUCCUUUUUCAUGAAGAUGGUAGUGUAAAGGGGAUUGCCACUAACGAUGUAGGGAUACAAAAGGAUGGUGCCCCAAAGACAACAUUUGAGCGAGGACUAGAACUACAUGCCAAAGUUACAAUUUUUGCAGAGGGUUGCCAUGGACAUCUAGCCAAGCAACUAUAUAAGAAGUUUGAUUUGAGAGCCAAUUGUGAUCCCCAAACCUAUGGAAUUGGACUCAAGGAGUUAUGGAUUAUUGAUGAAAAGAAGUGGAAACCUGGAAGAGUAGAUCACACUGUUGGUUGGCCCUUGGACAGACAUACUUAUGGAGGCUCUUUCCUCUACCAUUUAAAUGAAGGUGAACCCCUGGUAGCUCUUGGUUUUGUGGUUGGUCUAGACUACCAGAAUCCGUAUCUGAGCCCAUUUAGAGAGUUCCAGAGGUGGAAACACCAUCCCAGCAUUCGGCCGACAUUGGAAGGUGGAAAAAGAAUUGCAUAUGGAGCCAGAGCUCUGAAUGAAGGUGGCUUUCAGUCUAUACCAAAGCUCACCUUUCCUGGUGGUUUACUAAUUGGUUGUAGCCCUGGUUUCAUGAAUGUUCCCAAGAUCAAAGGUUCCCACACAGCAAUGAAAAGUGGAAUUUUGGCAGCAGAAUCUAUUUUUAAUCAACUAACUGGUGAAAAUCUCCAAUCAAAGACAAUAGGACUCCAUGUAACUGAGUAUGAGGACAAUUUGAAGAAAUCAUGGGUGUGGAAAGAGCUAUAUUCUGUUAGAAAUAUAAGACCAUCCUGCCAUGGAAUACUGGGUGUAUAUGGAGGGAUGAUUUACACUGGAAUCUUUUACUGGAUAUUUAGAGGAAUGGAGCCAUGGACUCUAAAACAUAAAGGUUCUGACUCUGAUCAGCUCAAGCCAGCCAAGGACUGCACACCUAUUGAGUAUCCAAAACCUGAUGGACAGAUCAGCUUUGACCUUUUGUCAUCUGUGGCCCUAAGUGGUACUAAUCAUGAACAUGACCAACCAGCACAUUUAACCUUAAAGGAUGACAGUAUUCCUGUAAACAGAAAUCUGUCAAUAUAUGAUGGACCAGAACAGCGAUUUUGCCCUGCAGGAGUUUAUGAAUUUGUACCUUUGGAACAAGGUGAUGGAUUUCGGUUACAGAUAAAUGCUCAGAAUUGUGUGCAUUGUAAAACAUGUGAUAUUAAAGAUCCAAGUCAGAAUAUUAACUGGGUGGUACCUGAAGGCGGUGGAGGACCUGCUUACAAUGGAAUGUAAACUGCAACUGAUUUCAUUUGCAGGCACUUGUGAGAGUUUCUUUAAAAUGUAUGGCAAGCUAACUAAACAUUUAGAAGUCAACAGGUUGUCAAACUAUCUUACCACAUAUUACUGAUCAGAAUGUUCAUAAAAUUAUCAACGAAAUAAAAAUUUUAUACUUACACCU